ACUUUCGUAUGACGGUGGAGACUUUUAUCAUGGAGAGGAAGAAGUCGCUCCUCCAAGAAAGGGAUCCAUGGCAAAACGGUUCCGUCCCUCAGUGGCAGCCAAACGGCGCCGUUGAUCACUGGCAAUACGGUGUCCCUCAGUUGCAGCAGAACGGUGUCGCCCCUCAGUGGCAGCAGAACGGUGCUGCUAAUCGUUUGGAGAACGGCGAUUUCCCACAGUUGCAAAACGGCGUUUACCCACAGUUGGAAAACGGCGUUGAUCACUUGCAGAACGGUGUCGCUCCUCAGUGGCAGCAGAACGGUGUCGCUCCUCAGUGGCAGCAGAACGGCGUUGUCCCACAGUUGCAAAACGGCGUUGUCCCUCAGUGGAAAAGCAAGUGGCAAAACAACGGUGUACCUGAACCUCAAAACAGCAUCGUGCAGUGGCAAGGAUCGCGUGACGAUGGAAGUGGACGUCAUCGUCAUCGUCAUGGUCAUAGUAGUCGUAGUCAUAGGCUCGUGGAUCUAAUAAUGGUUCUGGUUAUGGUUCGUACUUGGCUAUUUCGAAUUAGGGGGUGCGUGGCGCAAAUUUGUACAAUAUUUUCUGAAAUUUGAUUAGAUCAUUAAUUAGCAAAAAUCUAA